CCCCAUCCCCUGGCUCUUCCUCCACCCCCCUGUGAUCCUCCUGCUGCCUCCCCCAGGGAGUCCUCCCAGAUUCCCCUGCUCGCCUCUCAUGGCCCCUCUGUUGUCUCUGCAGACGCUGCCUCAUUUGACGUGUGGCUCGAGGCCUUUCUGUGAGGGACUGGGGCCACCCCCCCUCCAGGGCUGAGGUUGGAGGUUGCAGGUCACUGCUAAGCAUGGCGCCUGCCUGGGGCCCUGGUGCAGCGUCUGUGAUUGGUCCCAUGGGCCUCCUUGUGGUCUUGCUCAUCGGCGGCUGCGCAGCAGAAGAGCCCCCUAGUUUCAUCAAAGAACCCAAAGACCAGAUCGGCGUGUCGGGAGGUGUGGCCUCCUUUGUGUGUCAGGCCACAGGCGACCCCAAGCCACGGGUGACCUGGAACAAGAAGGGGAAGAAGGUCAACUCACAGCGCUUCGAGACGAUCGAGUUUGAUGGGAGUGCGGGGGCUGUGCUGAGGAUCCAGCCGCUGCGGACACCCCGAGAUGAGAACGUGUAUGAGUGCGUGGCCCAGAACUCUGUUGGGGAGAUCACAGUCCAUGCCAAGCUCACUGUCCUCCGAGAGGACCAGCUGCCACCCGGUUUCCCCAACAUUGACAUGGGCCCCCAGCUGAAGGUUGUGGAGCGGACGCGGACAGCUACAAUGCUGUGUGCUGCCAGCGGCAACCCUGACCCUGAGAUCACCUGGUUCAAGGACUUCCUGCCCGUGGACCCCAGUGCCAGCAACGGGCGCAUCAAGCAGCUGAGAUCAGGGGCUCUGCAGAUUGAGAGCAGCGAGGAGACCGACCAGGGCAAAUAUGAGUGUGUGGCCACCAAUAGCGCUGGUGUGCGCUACUCCUCACCUGCCAACCUCUACGUGCGAGUCCGCCGCGUGGCUCCUCGAUUCUCCAUCUUGCCCAUGAGCCACGAGAUCAUGCCAGGUGGCAACGUGAACAUCACCUGUGUAGCCGUGGGCUCACCCAUGCCAUAUGUCAAGUGGAUGCAGGGAGCUGAGGACCUGACACCCGAAGAUGACAUGCCCGUGGGUCGGAACGUGCUGGAACUCACAGAUGUCAAGGACUCUGCCAACUACACGUGUGUAGCCAUGUCCAGCCUGGGCGUCAUCGAGGCUGUGGCCCAGAUCACGGUGAAAUCUCUCCCUAAAGCCCCCGGGACUCCAGUGGUGACAGAGAAUACAGCUACGAGCAUCACCAUCACAUGGGACUCGGGUAACCCAGACCCUGUGUCCUACUACGUCAUCGAGUACAAAUCCAAGAGCCAGGAUGGGCCGUACCAGAUCAAAGAAGACAUCACCACGACACGUUACAGCAUUGGCGGCCUGAGCCCCAACUCCGAGUAUGAGAUCUGGGUGUCAGCUGUUAACUCCAUUGGCCAGGGUCCCCCCAGUGAGUCAGUGGUCACCCGCACGGGCGAGCAGGCCCCAGCCAGUGCACCGCGUAAUGUGCAGGCCCGCAUGCUGAGUGCCACCACCAUGAUCAUCCAGUGGGAAGAACCCGUGGAGCCCAACGGCCUGAUCCGAGGCUACAGGAUCUACUACACCAUGGAACCCGAGCACCCUGUGGGCAACUGGCAGAAGCACAAUGUGGACGACAGCCUGCUGACCACCGUGGGCAGCCUGCUGGAGGACGAGACCUACACCGUGCGUGUGCUGGCCUUCACCUCUGUGGGCGACGGACCCCUCUCAGACCCCAUCCAGGUCAAGACACAGCAGGGAGUACCUGGCCAGCCCAUGAACUUCCGGGCCGAGGCCAAGUCUGAGACAAGCAUCGGGCUCUCGUGGAGCCCCCCAAGGCAAGAGAGCAUCGUCAAGUAUGAGCUCCUGUUCCGGGAAGGCGACCACGGCAGAGAGGUCGGGAGGACCUUCGACCCAGCCACAGCGUUCGUGGUGGACGACCUGAAGCCCAACACGGAGUAUGCCUUCCGCCUGGCGGCGCGCUCCCCGCAGGGCCUGGGCGCCUUCACCUCGGUGGUUCGGCAGCGCACGCUGCAGUCCAAACCGUCUGCCCCCCCUCAAGAUGUUAAGUGUGUCAGCACACGCUCCACGGCCAUUUUGGUAAGUUGGCGCCCGCCACCGCCGGAAACGCACAACGGGGCCCUGGUGAGCUAUAGCGUCCGCUACCGACCGCUGGGCUCGGAGGACCCGCAACCCAAGGAGGUGAACGGCAUCCCCCCGACCACCACUCAGAUCCUGCUGGAGGCACUGGACAAGUGGACGGAGUACCGCAUCACGACUGUCGCUCACACAGAGGUGGGACCAGGGCCCGAGAGCUCGCCCGUGGUCAUCCGCACCGACGAGGACGUGCCCAGCGCGCCGCCGCGGAAGGUGGAGGCGGAGGCGCUCAACGCCACGGCCAUCCGCGUGCUGUGGCGGUCCCCCGCGCCGGGCCGGCAGCAUGGCCAGAUCCGCGGCUACCAGGUCACCUAUGUGCGGCUAGAGAAUGGUGAGCCCCGUGGCCCACCCAUCAUCCAGGAUGUCAUGCUGGCUGAGGCCCAGUGGGAGAUGGAUGACACGGCUGAAUAUGAGAUGGUCAUCACAAACCUGCAGCCUGAGACCACCUACUCCAUCACUGUAGCCGCCUACACUAUGAAAGGCGAUGGCGCUCGCAGCAAACCCAAGGUGGUAGUGACCAAGGGAGCAGUGCUGGGCCGCCCCAUCCUGUCGGUGCAGCAGACCCCUGAGGGCAGCCUGCUGGCACGCUGGGAGCCCCCAGUCGGCACCGCCAAGGACCAGGUACUGGGCUACCGCCUGCAGUUCGGCCGAGAGGACUCUUCACCCCUGGCCACACUGGAGUUCCUGCCCACUGAAGACCACUACACAGCAUCGGGCGUGCACAAAGGGGCCACGUAUGUGUUCCGGCUGGCAGCUCGGAGCCGAGGUGGCCUGGGUGAGGAGGCAGCAGAGGUCCUGAGCAUCCCGGAGGACACACCCCGCGGCCACCCACAGAUCCUCGAGGCAGCUGGCAAUGCUUCGGCUGGCACUGUCCUGCUGCGCUGGCUGCCACCCGUGCCUGCUGAGCGCAAUGGGGCCAUUGUCAAGUACACAGUGGCAGUCCGGGAGGCCGGUGCCCUGGGCCCCGCCCGAGAGACUGAGCUGCCGGCAGCAGCCGAGCCAGGCGCUGAGAACGUGCUCACACUGCAGGGCCUCAAGCCCGAUACGGCCUAUGACCUCCAAGUGCGGGCCCACACGCGCCGGGGCCCCGGUCCAUACAGCCCCCCUGUCCGCUACCGGACAUUCCUGCGGGACCAAGUCUCCCCCAAGAACUUUAAGGUGAAGAUGAUCAUGAAGACAUCAGUCCUGCUCAGCUGGGAGUUCCCUGAUAACUACAACUCACCUACACCCUACAAGAUCCAGUACAAUGGGCUCACACUAGACGUGGAUGGCCGCACCACCAAGAAGCUCAUCACGCAUCUCAAGCCCAACACCUUCUACAACUUUGUGUUGACCAACCGUGGCAGUAGCUUGGGCGGCCUCCAGCAGACAGUCACUGCCUGGACUGCCUUCAAUCUGCUCAGCAGCAAGCCCAGCGUGGCCCCCAAGCCCAACACUGAUGGCUUCAUCAUGGUGUAUCUUCCUGACGGCCAGAGCCCCGUGCCCAUCCAGAGUUACUUCAUUGUGAUGGUACCGCUGCGCAAGUCUCGUGGUGGCCAGUUCCUGACCCCACUGGGCAGCCCAGAGGACAUGGACCUGGAAGAGCUUAUCCAGGACAUAUCCCGGCUGCAGAGGCGCAGCCUGCGGCAUUCGCGGCAGCUCGAGGUGCCCCGGCCCUACAUCGCAGCUCGCUUCUCCAUGUUGCCAUCCACUUUCCAGCCCGGUGACCAGAAGCAGUAUGGUGGCUUUGACAACAGAGGCCUGGAGCCUGGCCACCGAUAUGUUCUCUUUGUGCUUGCUGUGCUGCAGAAGAGCGAGCCCACAUUUGCAGCCAGUCCCUUCUCAGACCCCUUCCAGCUGGAUAACCCAGAUCCCCAGCCCAUCGUGGACGGUGAGGAGGGGCUCAUCUGGGUGAUUGGGCCGGUGCUGGCUGUGGUCUUCAUCAUCUGCAUCGUUAUUGCCAUCUUGCUCUACAAGAACAAACCUGACAGUAAACGCAAGGACUCGGAACCCCGCACCAAAUGCCUACUGAACAACGCUGACCUUGCCCCCCACCACCCCAAGGACCCUGUGGAAAUGAGACGCAUUAAUUUCCAGACACCAGAUUCAGGCCUCAGCAGCCCCCUCAGGGAGCCGGGGUUUCACUUUGAAAGCAUGCUUAGCCACCCGCCGAUCCCCAUCUCAGACAUGGCGGAGCACACGGAACGCCUCAAGGCUAACGACAGCCUCAAGCUCUCCCAGGAGUACGAGUCCAUUGACCCGGGCCAGCAGUUCACCUGGGAGCAUUCCAACCUGGAAGUGAACAAGCCCAAGAACCGUUAUGCCAACGUUAUCGCCUACGACCACUCCCGCGUCAUCCUCCAGCCCAUCGAAGGCAUUGUGGGCAGUGAUUAUAUCAACGCCAACUACGUGGAUGGCUACCGGCGGCAGAACGCAUACAUCGCCACGCAGGGGCCCCUGCCUGAGACCUUCGGUGACUUCUGGCGUAUGGUGUGGGAACAGCGCUCGGCUACCAUCGUCAUGAUGACACGGCUAGAAGAGAAAUCACGGAUUAAGUGUGAUCAGUACUGGCCCAACAGGGGCACGGAGACCUACGGCUUCAUCCAGGUAACGCUGCUGGACACCAUUGAGCUGGCCACGUUCUGUGUGCGGACAUUCUCCCUGCACAAGAAUGGCUCCAGCGAGAAACGUGAAGUCCGCCAGUUCCAGUUCACAGCGUGGCCAGACCAUGGAGUGCCCGAGUACCCCACACCAUUCCUGGCUUUCCUACGGAGAGUGAAGACCUGCAAUCCCCCAGAUGCUGGCCCCAUCGUGGUCCACUGCAGCGCUGGGGUGGGCCGCACAGGCUGCUUCAUCGUCAUUGAUGCCAUGCUGGAGCGGAUCAAGCCGGAGAAGACAGUGGAUGUGUAUGGUCACGUGACACUCAUGCGGUCCCAGCGCAACUACAUGGUGCAGACUGAGGACCAGUAUAGCUUCAUCCAUGAGGCUCUGCUGGAGGCUGUGGGCUGUGGCAACACAGAGGUGCCUGCCCGCAGCCUCUAUGCCUACAUUCAGAAGCUGGCCCAGGUGGAGCCCGGCGAGCAUGUCACUGGCAUGGAACUCGAGUUCAAGCGGCUGGCCAACUCCAAAGCCCACACAUCCCGCUUCAUCAGUGCCAAUCUGCCUUGUAAUAAGUUCAAGAACCGCCUGGUAAACAUCAUGCCGUACGAGAGCACGCGGGUCUGCCUGCAGCCCAUCCGGGGCGUGGAGGGCUCCGACUACAUCAACGCCAGCUUUAUUGAUGGCUACAGGCAGCAGAAGGCUUACAUCGCAACGCAGGGGCCACUGGCAGAAACCACAGAGGACUUCUGGCGCAUGCUUUGGGAAAACAACUCGACCAUUGUGGUGAUGCUGACCAAGCUGCGGGAGAUGGGCCGGGAAAAAUGUCACCAGUACUGGCCGGCUGAGCGCUCAGCCCGCUACCAGUACUUUGUGGUGGACCCAAUGGCGGAAUACAACAUGCCACAGUACAUCCUGCGGGAAUUCAAGGUCACAGACGCCCGGGAUGGCCAGUCCCGGACUGUCCGGCAGUUCCAGUUCACGGACUGGCCGGAACAGGGCGUGCCAAAGUCAGGGGAGGGCUUCAUUGACUUCAUUGGCCAAGUGCACAAGACCAAGGAACAGUUCGGCCAGGAUGGCCCCAUCUCCGUCCACUGCAGUGCCGGCGUGGGCAGGACUGGUGUCUUCAUUACGCUCAGCAUCGUGCUGGAGCGGAUGCGGUACGAAGGUGUGGUGGACAUCUUCCAGACUGUGAAGAUGCUGCGGACCCAGAGGCCAGCCAUGGUGCAGACAGAGGACGAGUAUCAGUUCUGUUACCAGGCCGCUCUGGAGUACCUGGGAAGCUUUGACCACUAUGCAACCUAAAGCCAUGGUCACCCCCAGCCCAACUCCACCGGCUCCAGAUGCCUCUGCCCAGGCUGGGAGGGCCCCGGGAGGCCUGGACCCCCUGGCGGCAGCAUUUCUGCACUGUCUCUGGGAAGACGUGGCCCCUCGAGCCCCCCCAUGCGGCCCCCAGCACCUCCCUGGCACCGGCCGCCGCCUUCAAAUACUUGCCACAUUCCUCGUUUCCUUCCAAUUCCAAAAUGAGUAAUUCUGGGGUGGGGGGUGGGGGUGGUGGUGAGCAAAAAGGGGUUCUCCCCAGAACCAGAGGAGGGCAGGGGCUGUGAAAAUGACCCCUUGUUCCCCCAGGGAGCCUUCCAGCCCUGCAUUCUGGGGGUGCUGGGCUGGGGGGUGGGGGGCAGAAUUCAGCUUUCUUUUCAAACUCCAUGUAACUGUAUACAGUGACAUUUUCUUUUUUUUUUAAAUAGCAUAUUUUUUUCCUUUUUUUUUUAAAGAAGAAACAAACAGACAAAAAAAAAGUGACUUGCAGUUAACGAAUUUAAAAAGGAAAUCAUUGCUUAUUCCUGUUCUCGUCACCGUCGGUUUUCCACCGUAGCAAAUGUUGCGGUGUGAAGGCUGCGUCCCGGACGCGCUCCGUGGCCCGUGCUGGCUCUUUUCUCUUUCCUGCCAUUGGAAGCCGUGCCUCAUUCAAGAACAGGACAUCCUUUUGCUCCUGGUUUCUUUUUGUUCUUUUUUUUUUUUUCCUUUUUUUUUUUAAUGAUUAAAUUCUCAGACAUAUCAAGGACAGUUCUGAGGGUGGGGCAGUGGAGGGGUGGGCACUGCCACAGGAGGUGGCAGCAACCUGCCUCCCCUGCAGCCUGAGCCCCCAUCACCCGCCCCCGAGGAGGAGGAAUGAACAGAACAGAUUCCGCCUCUUCGGGGACAGAGGCUGUGUGCCGCCCCAGUUCAGGGAGCCUUUCCCCGUGGACUGUGGGGCAGUUUGGGGGCAAAAGCAGAAAGGACGAUAUCCCCCACCCCUGAGCAAGUGAGUUUUUCUCUUUGUACAAGAGCAGAUCUGCCGUUGCUCUCGACACUGUUUAUUCAAACGGAAGCAGCUGGGUGGUUUUCCCACCUCUGUGUAUGUAGAUAUAUCGACUUUGUAUUAAAGGAAGAUCGUCUGA